AUGGCUCCAGUGAAUGGUAUAAGAGAACUAUCAGAGGAGCAGUUGGCAGAGGCUCAAGAGAUACGGGCUAAGUUUCGAGAUGAUGUGUCUAAGAAGAUGGGUGAACUUCUUUUACGGGGAGUUACGAUGCUCGAUGCCUAUUGUCACAUCUGCGAUGGCAUUUUGAUGGAAGAUCGUAAUGGAGUUCGUAGAUGUGUUACUUGUGAACUACUCGAAGAACACACAAAAGAAGGAUCAAGAUUAGUUGCGGAAGUUCCGCUAGAUGCAACGGCUGAUGGAUUUACACCGGGAAACAGCGCACUGUCGAACGAGUUGCCCGUCGAGCAGGGCGCGGCAUGUUUCUCGAAAAAUUUGCCUGUCAAGCAGGAUGCGGAACCACUUCAUUGUUCUGAUGGAUGCAACGUCGCAUUGUUGGCUAUCGACCGAAAACUCAGGUGGUUGGGUGGUAGAAUUGAUCAAAGCGAGAACCUGUCGGAAAUACGAGAAAUGUUUGCACUUGUUCGCGAAGGGUUGAAUAUUAUUCGACAUGCGAAGACCGAUCGUGAAUGA